UCAUGAAAAAGUAAAAAUAAAAAUAUAUAUUAUAUAUAAAAAAAUCCUCUUUCUUAAAUUUCCAUCUAAUACAUACAUUCGAUAGACGAGCAGAAACAUAAAUAAUAUCUAUCAGAACAUUUAUGAAAUGGAUCAGAUGUCAACGGUCGUGAAAUCCAAGUCUUCAAACAACGGAAUACCACUUAAGCCUAAGAAGAACAAGAAAACCAUCAGCGACGGUGAUUUCGCACCCAAUUCGGUGAAGAAGCGAGGAGUAUACGUGGACAGGAAAUUGUUUAAGUCACCUUUGUACACUCAAGAGGCAAGUGAUUUCAAAACCAAUAGAAGACCACCGCCGAGACCGAGACCUGGUCAAAAAAAGUUUUUAGCCUCCGUUCUGAGAAUACUCUCGAAAUCAACAACCGGCACACAAUAUCCAGAUCGCGAAGAUCAGGCAGACGUUAGACACAGUAAACGUAGAGCUCGGUCUAGACUUAGACUCGAGACAGAUAUAAGAAACGAGAAACCUAACAAACGAGGCAAGUAUAAAUCAAGAAUACUAAAGAAAAACUUAAACAACGACGACGAUCGAUUUAUUGUACUGCAGUCAACGAAACAAAUAGCACAGACGCCGUCUAAUUACUCUGAAGCAAAUGCAUUUAGUUUACAGGAGGAAAAGACGAAGAUACGCUCGAUUAGAGAUAUUUUGGUAAACAACACUUACAGUGGAUUAGCAAAUGAUAUAGCGAGUGAUCUUUUGGAAGAUGUGCCGGCGAAAGAUCAGAAAAUAAGGAUUAAAGACGAACCGGACACGAUCGCAUCGGAUAUAAAGAAAGAGGGCGAAAAAAAGAUCUACAAUUUAUUCGUUGAUUUACUAGAAAGUACGUUCAAUGCUUACAAUCUCAAAGACGGUACGCUAAGCGAGUCGAAUGUCGCUUUAGAAAUAAAUGAAUCUAUAGCCAAUAAAUUAACAAUCAACAAUAAGUUAGAAUCAAAUGAUUUAACAACGAAUGCAGUUAAGAACACUUCGAUAACAACAAUGAAACACUUCGAUAACCCGUUAAUGAAUAUAAGACUGUCCAAUCAUAAACCUUAUAAACGCAUUAAUCCUAGAGUAUCAGUGAAAUCUUGGGAUUGUACAAAAACAGUUAAUACACCAGAAUUACAUAGCUUUCCGAGCAAAAGGAGGUCUAUCAGAAGUAACAGAAAAAAGAAGUUGUUAAAUGUAUUCAAAGAAGAACUACAACUUAAACGUACGUGCGUUGAACCGAUAAAUUUAUUCCAAGCUUUAAAAGUAAUGGCGAAAAAUAAACAAAAGAAAAACGUAUACGAGCAACGCGACGCAAAGCGUUUGAAGAAUAUAUCAGCGGAAAGCAAUUCAGAUAGACGCGAAUGCGUGUUUAAAAGACGCAAGAUCAUAUCAAUGAAACCGAAAAAAACAUCCCAGAUUAUCAACCGUGAUGUCAUCGGGCAGAAAUAUUCAGAAUAUAAUGCAAAGUUUAAGAAAAGAGAAAGGAACUCAGCAAUACUUUCGCAGCAUUCGAUUAAGGUUUACGGUUACAAUUACGAAGAUGUAGUUGAAAGGAAGAAAGUUCAGCACGCUAGAAGUCACGAGAGAUGGCCUCAAAAUCUGAACAAAAGUCGCGAACUUACCGCGACGUUAUCGCCGUUCAUUAUGCAAUCAAAUUUAGACUACUACACUUUGUUACAAUUCCCCGAUCGAUCCUCUUGUGAUUUUACUUACUAAUUAUUAACAUUUCUAUCAUUAUUUAAUUAGUCUAGAAUUAUUGUUACAAACUCCUGAAAAUUUUCCAAUUUGGCCCCUCGCACACGGCGUAUUUGAACGCAACCUCAGAACAAGGAGCGAUCGGAAACGUGCGGUUACUGCGCACAGAUAUAUCGACACAGACGUGCUAUAGUCGCUCGUAGCGUUCACGUUUUGGUCAUAAACUCAUCGCGCCCCUCCUCUACCCCUCCUCUUGCCCUUUGUACGGCCAUCGAACGAGAUUAUCGCGUUUUACGCGCGUUCGAAUCUACAAAAACGCAAAAAUAGGCAUCUACGGCACAGACGAAUCGCGUUUAAAAUACGCCAUGUGCUAGUUGCCUUACAAGAGUU